UGCCAGUCAGUAAUCGUGAACUUUGACUCUCGUAUACUAGUACUGUCGUGAACGGAAACCACGUGCUUCUGAACACUGAUUGAAGCAAUGAACUCUAAGCUUCUACUCUCAUCCCUUCAAGCAAGAUCACUGUAUAAAAGUGCCCAGUUGUGUAGGCUGGCUGUGUCCAGUGGCUGUGUCUACACUAGUACCAAUGCUGCCGUCAAGGAGGCGUCACCCACCCCUCAGCCAUGGAGGAUAGUAGCAGCCACCUGUGUUCAGAGGAUGCCCCUGCUUAGUCGAGAGAAACCUGACCUAGAGGUCCGAGUGGAGGAGCUCAAGGACAAGUUGCGCUGGGAGAGGGCACGACUGUCUGACUUCGAGCUGGAGGAGAGAGAAAACACUCGUCUAAAGAGAGAGAGAGAAAAGAGGGCUCUUGAUGAAGAUCUCGAUGGUGGACAAGGUGCUAAUGACGACUCCAUGGAUGCAUUUGAUGAGCUGAUAGAAGCCAGGGAGACAGAGUUGUCAUCCUUCACCCCAGCCUCUCGCCAGACAGAGGCAGACAGGAGUAACAAUCUCAAGUCAGUACAGCGCAAGUUGGAUCAAGUCCUCUACCUACUGGUCAAGAAGAACAGGAAAGAGCAUGCCUGGCAGAUGCCCCAGGGCGGGCUAGAGGGAGACGAAUCACUAAUAGAAACUGCCCAGCGUGAGCUUUCUGAGGAGUGUGGGUUGGACCUCAAGGUUACCUUCCUCAGCAGUGCCCCAUCUGCCCACCUCACGUACAAACACAGUGCAAGGGAUGGAGUUAGUGGAUCAAAGGUCUUCUUCUUUAAGGCUAACUAUACUGGAGGAGAUAUAGAGCUAAACAAAGAAGUGAUUGACUAUGUUUGGGCUACAAAGGAAGAAAUGAAAGACUAUCUCUCAAAAGACUUGUAUAGCUGUAUAUCACCAUCUAUACCUCAGUAGCAGCUCAGUUAUAUUAUUAUAUUCUGGAAUUUUGAUAUAAACAUAAUUAUACUCAACUUUGAUAUAAUAUUAUUGUUUGUCAUACAGAAAAGG